AUCCUAGAUUAAAUGUGAACGAUCUUCCUUUCCUAAUCCUGGUGUACAAUAUUUUUUGGGUGGCUAGCUAUUCAAUCCAUACACAGUAAAACAUAUGGACAGCGAACUAUAUGUAGCUCUCACUGAAGAUGACUUUGGUGUCCUAAGGGGAAAGGACUGGCCUGAAGUCCGUGAUCAACUCACACCUGCAAAUAAUACGGUGCUUCAUGUUGCAUGUCAGCACGGGAGUAUAUCAUGCGUUACAGAGAUACUACGUGCCGAUGAAUCAGUACUAUUAAAGACCAACUCGAGAGGUGAGACAGCUCUUCAUCUGGCAGCUAGACAGGGGCACUAUGACACGGUUUCUGUACUUAUCAGGAUGGCCAAGAUUUUCGAUAAGCGUCCUAAUAAUCUCGGAAACACAACUACGGCGCUGCAAAAUCUGAUUAGAGCAUCCAAUGUGGAAUUCGAAACUGCCUUGCAUGCGGCAGUUCGAUACAAUCACCAGAAAGUAGUUGAGCUGUUAGUAAGAAAAGAUCCAGGUUUCGCGUAUCCUCGGAACAAGUUUGACGAGACUCCACUUUACUUGGCUGCGGUCAGGGGUUAUGAUGAUGUAACUCAGGUCAUUCUUGAUAAUUGUGAUUCGCCAACGUUUGGCGGUCCUCAUGGACGAACUGCCUUGCAUGCUGCAGCAAUGAGUUAUACAGGACAUGGAUGUAUGAAACUCCUGAUGAAAAGAAACGAAGACCUAAUCAAUGUAGCAGACAAUGAUGGAUGGACGGCAUUUCAUUUCGCCGCAGAUAACAACCAGUGCUACUCAAUUGAACUUUUACUGGGAGUCAACAAAUAUGUGGCUCAUCUACCAGAUCAAAAAUAUAAGAAGACGGCACUUCAUAUAGCAGCAUAUAAAGGAUACCACAAGGUGGUAGAGCAACUUUUGAAAUAUUUGCCUGAUGCGUGGGAGAGUGUAGAUGGAAAUGGUCAAAAUAUAUUGCACAUUGCCGUGCAACAAUACAAGAAGCCCCUGCUCAAAUUCAUAUUAUCAAAAACCCAAAAAUUUGAUAUUUUGAAUACUCUUAUUAUACAAAGAGACCAGGAAGGGAAUACCCCUCUUCACUUAGCUGCCAAGUUUGGAUAUAAUAUUCCUGAGAUCGGGGAGUGGCUACAGAAGAUUGAUCAUUAUAUAGUAGACAACACCAAUUUAGCUCCAUCAGAUGUGAUUUACCGGAAUUUUUAUAACGACAUGAUGAAUGAGGAAGUGGUUGGAGUAUAUUCAAGUAAAGACCAGAUUCAUGAUAUCUGGAACGCUUGGACUCAAGGUAGAGUGCAAGCAACAGAUAGAUAUGAACCGAUACCUGCAAAAGAAAAGAUCAUGAUGCGUCAACAAAUGGCGAACAGCCAUAUGAUAGUGGCUGCACUAGUGACCACCGUGGCCUUGACAGCCGGUUUCACUGUGCCUGGUGGUUUUGACAGCAACCGAGGAUCCCCGCUGCUUCUAAGAAAGCCGGCCUUCAAGAUAUUUAUGAUAGCAGAUACAUUGGCCCUCCUAUUCUCAAUUUCCGCACUGUUUCUUUACUUCUCAAUAUCAUUCAAACACACGCGACUGAGUGUCACUUUUUUGUUGCUCACCAGCGCUGUAGUGCUCAACGUUAUUUCUAUUGCAGCGAUGAUGGUGGCUUUUAUUGCAGGCACUUUUGCCGUGCUCUAUCAUUCAUUAGCUCUGGCCAUUAUUGUUUCUACGCUCUCUUCUUUAUUCCUUCUUCUCAUCUUUUCUUUUAGCGUCCCUUUUAUCAGAAGCUACAUCCCUGUGAUAUUGCAAUUAUACGGUGACCUUCGUGGGAUGUAUAGUUCGUUUAAAUACACACUCGGCACCUUUUUGAGGAGAAUAUUGAACACCCGUUUCCGGAUAAAUUCGAGACCAGCAGCUGGGACAAAUACUCGUGACUUUUCCGCAGAAAAUAUUGAUAGAGACGUCUUAAGACAAAUGGUCAUGGUUGCUUCGAGGGCGUAUACGGAACAGAUCAAUGAAACAGCUGAAGGUGACGAGUCAACAAUGUGAGCUGGCAAAUUAAAACCGCUGGUUUGUUACCAAUUGUUUAGAUACCGUCGGUGUGUGUGAAGGUUUAAUUGGUGAUAAAAAUUCAAGUUCCAUUACUGCAAUAGCAGCUGAGAUGUAAUUAUAAGAUACAGUAUAUCACAAUGUUUUAUUUCUACAUGAUGAUUCCUUUUUUAUUUUGCUAUCAAAUGAAAUUCAUUACUAGUUCAGUUUAA